AUGAAUAUUAUUGAUCGACAUGCUCAUCGCACACAAGAAUCGAGUGAUGAAGAUGAUACUGAUGCAAUAAAGAACAAAAAUCAUGAUGUUACCAGUCAUUUGAGCGAAGGGGAAUUAGAAUCAUCUGAUGAUGAAUGUGACACAAAUGUACCUGUUGUAAAUCAAUGUAACGAACAAUACACACAAUCAAAGCGUAAAAAUGGGCACACCGAAACCAGUCGCUCUUGGACACAAAUGUUAACUGGUCAAGAUUUAUCAAGUAUAAUGUCUGGUGCUCUAGCUGAUAAAUCAGAAAUUAUUCAUAUUGAUGAUCCUAUAGCUCAGUCAAAAGAUCCUUCAUCCUAUUUAUUCCCUGACGAUAUGAACGUAGAAGAUUUUUUAUCAAAAAAACGACAAAAACAAAAUAAAAUAAAGAAGAAAAAGAAAAUAAAACCAACAAUACAAGAUUUUAGAAAAUUAAAACAAUUAUUAGAUAAUGAGAAAAAUGAUGAACUGUUACAUUGUGUCUUGGAUGUAAUCGGAUGUAAACGUUCAUUUCAUUUUGCUCAUGAAGCAGUUAGAUUAAAAAAUAAUGGUGUCAAUACAAAUGAUAAUAGCGUAAAGACAAUCAAUGGUGACGAACGACAUCGAACCGUGGGAGGAAUUUUCUUUCGAAUAUUAUUGGAUGUAAAUAAUAAAUUAGUGUCAGAUAAUGAACGAAAACAAAUCAAAAAAGAAAAUCAAUUGAUACAAAAAACAAAAAAACAACAACGACGAAAAGGAACAAAUCAGAAAAUGAAACGAAAAACAAGAAAAAAUGAUACUACUAAAAAUAAAUCCAACGAUGAUAACAAACUUGAGGUUGAGUUGCAAGAAGAAGAUGAAGAAUAA